GCAGCAAAGGCAUGAGUUUGUUGGUAGUCCCCAAAUCUUAUACUCAAGUCAAUACGACAAUCGCAAAUUGGAAUUUGAGUGACUCCUCAAUUGAACGGGAGGCGUAUCAAUUCCUGUCAACAAUUCCAUUGACAGAUGUCAAGUUGGUAUCCAUGGCAACCGUUGAGGCGAACUCACAUGCAACCCCCGUCGUUUGACGUCGUUUGUCUUGUAUUCACGGAUUGAUAUCCGGUCGACCACAUCCUCAACGAGACGGUAUGGCCGGCGACAGUGACUGGAGAAGCUCACUCACUGCUUCUGAAAGAUAUGAUAACAUUCAGAGACUGAUGAAAGCGGCCGCAGCUGCGGGCCGAGGUCAGAACGCCUUUCCUAUUGAAGAUGAAGCAUACAAAACCGCCAGCAGCAGGGAAGAGUACGACGCAGCCUGCAGCCUACCGACUGCUGCAGCUGAGCCGUCCUCUUCAACAUUGCCAACAGCCCCUGGCCAGGACAACCGAGAAUCUUCACUAGGACUCACCAUCGGCCCCUACCAAAAUUGCCACUACAUCGCCAGCGGCGUGACAGCAGAGGUCUACCGCGCCCAAACCCGCGCCCUCAAAGUGAUCGUUGAAACGCACAACAUCGAACCUCACGACCCCCAUCGCGAAGCCAAGAUCCUCACCUCUCUCCGGUCCGCCAACGCCCCCAAUAUUAUUCAGCUCCUCGAGACCUUCCGCGACCGCGACCAGCACUUCGUCCUCGUCUUCCCCUACAUGCCCUCGACUCUCGCCCACCUCCUCGCCAACAACCACCAGCCCUUACCUACCCCGCUCAUCCGCACCAUCUUCACCGCCCUCUUCCGCGCCCUGCUCCACCUCCACAGCAACGGCAUCAUCCAUCGCGACAUCAAACCCUCCGCCAUCCUCCUCCCCUCCAUCACCACUACCACCAACUCCCCACCCCCUCUUCCCCCUUCCCAUAUCUACCUCUCCGAUUUCGGCACAGCCUGGCACCCGAACUACUCUUCCGCUUCCGAGCCCGCGUCCCACAAAGUUCUCGACGUCGGCACGGGACCCUACCGCGCCCCAGAAACCCUCUUCGGCAACCGCGCGUAUACCACGGCAAUCGACCUCUGGGCCGCCGGCGCCACCCUCGCAGAGUGCUUCCUCGUUCCCCCCUCGCCCGUCGCCGAGACAGGAGGAGGAGGAGGAGAAGGGGGAGGAAAGAGGACGACGCUGUUUGACUGCCCGCCCGCCCACCAGGACGGCAACCAGCUCGGCCUGGUGCUCAGCAUCUUCCAGACGCUGGGGACGCCGACGCCGCAGACGUGGCCCGAGGCGGUGGGGUUCCGGACGCCGCCGUUUGAGAUGUAUCGCGUUUUUGAGGGAAGGGUGCAGAAGGAGGGAUGGGAGGGUGUGGUGCCUUGUGCGGAUGAGGGGUGGAGAGAGUUGGUGGAGGGGCUGGUUCGGUUUGAGAGUGGGAGGAGGGUUACGGCUGGGGAAGCCUUGGAGUUUCCUUGUAUGAAAGGGGAGAGCGAGGACCAGGAGACUUGAAAUAAGGCCGUGACUGAGGGAUCAAUCGGAUGGUCGAUGGGGGGAACCGUGGCGAUUCGAAGCUGUGGCGACGCAAGAGUCAUAGAGAGAAGUGGAAUUGGGGCACACAAUCAGCACACUGCAGAUCCCCAUCUCCGAAGAUAUCUAUUGAUGGUCUAUCAUCAUGAGCCACGUCCUGGAUCACAUUGCCAUGGCAUCCAAGAGUCUUUCUGUGGCACGUGGUGUUUGAAAACCAUAACUGGGUCUCAACACGGGUCGUAAAGCUUCG